GAGGAGAAGAAAGUGAAGUUGGCGGUAAUUGAGUUCACUGAUUAUGCUAUUAUUUGGUGGGAUCAAUUAGUGACCAAUAGGAGAAGGAAUUAUGAGAGGCCUAUAGAGACAUGGGGAGAGUUGAAAGCUCUCAUGAGGCGGAGAUUUGUUCCUAGCCAUUACUAUAGAGACCUUUUUCAGAAAUUACAAAAUCUUACACAGGGGUCUAGGAGUGUGGAGGAUUACCAUAAGGAGAUGGAGGUGGCGAUGAUUCGGGCUAAUGUAGAGGAGGACCGAGAGGCCACCAUGGCUAGAUUUUUGAGUGGGUUGAAUAGGGACAUAGCCAAUGUAAUUGAAUUGCAGCAUUAUGUGGAGAUAGAGGACAUGGUGCACAUGGCUAUGAAGGUGGAGAGGCAAUUAAAGAGAAAAGGGACAGCAAGGUACACUACGGUUUCUAGCACUACUUGGAAAUCAAAAUGGGAUAGGAAUGAUCCAGCUGAAGCAAAGAGAAAGACCGAACCACCUAAGGGAAAAGAUGAGGGAACUAGCAACAAACCCAAGGUAGAAUCCCAACCUUCACGGAAUAGAGAUAUCAAAUGUUUUAAGUGUUUGGGUUCAGGGCACAUUGCUUCUCAAUGUCCAAAUAGGAGGGUGAUGAUUAUGCGUGACAAUGGGGAGGUGAUGACUGAGAGUGAAGAUGAUAGUGAUGAGGUGCCCGAGUUGGAUGAUGCUAGUGAUGAUGAUGGAGUGGUAUACCCUGUGACAGGUGAGUCUCUUGUUGCCAGGCGUGCUCUUAAUGCACACAUUAAGGUGGAUGAUGCAGAGCAACAGAGAGAGAACAUUUUCCAUACUAGAUGCCAUGUCAACAAUAAGGUAUGUAGUAUGAUCAUUGAUGGAGGGAGUUGUACUAAUGUGGCUAGCACUACUUUGGUUGAGAAAUUGAAUUUACCAACCUUAAAACACUCUAGACCAUACAAAUUGCAGUGGUUGAAUGAUUGUGGAGAGGUUAGGGUGGAUAAACAAGUGUUAGUUACUUUUUCUAUUGGGAAGUAUCAAGAUGAGGUGCUUUGUGAUGUUGUGCCUAUGCAUGCGGGCCAUAUUUUGUUGGGGAGGCCGUGGCAGUAUGAUAGGAGAGAGUUUGAGGAUGUAUUCCCGGAGGAGAUGCCGAAUGAGUUGCCACCCAUUAGAGGCAUUGAGCACCAGAUUGAUUUUGUGCCCGGGGCUGCUAUUCCAAACCGACCAGCCUAUAGGAGUAAUCCAGAGGAGACAAAGGAGCUUCAGAGGCAAGUUGAGGAUUUGAUGAGCAAGGGGUACGUGAGGGAGAGCAUGAGCCCUUGUGCAGUACCAGUGCUACUAGUGCCAAAGAAGGAUGGGACGUGGAGGUACGUUGUUAGUACAAAGGGUAUUGAGGUGGAUGAAGAGAAAGUCAAGGCCAUCAAGGAGUGGCCAACGCCAAAAAGCAUCACUGAGGUAAGAAGCUUUCAUGGGCUAGCUAGCUUUUAUCGGCGUUUUGUUAAAGACUUCAGCACCAUUGCUGCACCACUCACUGAGGUAAUUAAAAAGAAUGUUGGGUUUCAUUGGGGGGCUAAUCAAGAGAAUGCUUUUGCCACUAUUAAAGAAAGGUUGUGCUCUGCACCUGUGUUAGCAUUACCUGAUUUUAACAAAGCUUUUGAGAUUGAAUGUGAUGCCUCAGGAAUAGGGAUUGGAGCCGUUUUGAUGCAGGAUAGGCGGCCCAUAGCCUUCUUCAGUGAAAAGUUAAGUGGGGCAUCCCUGAAGUACCCUACUUAUGACAAAGAGCUUUAUGCUCUUGUUCGUGCAUUAGAGACUUGGCAGCACUACCUAUGGCCAAGGGAAUUUGUGAUCCACACCGAUCAUGAAUCAUUGAAGCAUCUCAAGGGUCAAGGUAAGUUGAAUAAAAGGCAUGCUAGAUGGAUGGAAUACAUUGAGACCUUUCCCUAUGUCAUCCGUUACAAGCAAGGUAAGGAGAACAUUGUUGCUGAUGCUCUAUCCCGGAGGUAUCAUGAUGGUUAUUUGUUUAAAGAAAGCAAACUUUGUCUGCCAAAUUGUUCUAUGCGUGAGUUAUUGGUGCGUGAGGCACAUGGUGGGGGGUUAAUGGGACACUUUGGUGUCAAGAAAACUUUAGACAUUUUGCAUGAACAUUUCUUUUGGCCUAAGAUGAAGAGAGAUGUUAACCGUAUUUGUGGAAGAUGCAUUACAUGUAGAAAGGCCAAAUCUAAGGUUUUGCCACAUGGGUUGUAUACACCCUUACCCGUUCCUAGUGAGCCAUGGGUCGACAUAUCUAUGGACUUUGUUUUGGGGCUGCCUAGGACCAAAAGGGGUAGAGAUUCUAUUUUUGUUGUUGUUGAUAGAUUCAGUAAGAUGGCACAUUUCAUUCCAUGCCAUAAAACAGAUGAUGCAACAAAUAUAGCUGACUUGUUUUUCAGGGAGAUAGUGCGACUCCAUGGUGUACCUAGGAGUAUUGUUUCUGAUAGGGAUGUUAAAUUCCUUAGCUACUUUUGGAAGGUGUUGUGGGGGAAAUUGGGUACUAAGCUCUUAUUUUCCACUACUUGUCAUCCACAGACUGAUGGUCAGACUGAAGUAGUUAAUAGGACUUUAACUCAGCUUUUACGCACUGUUGUUCAUAAGAAUUUAAAAACUUGGGAGGAUUGUUUGCCAUUUAUAGAGUUUGCAUAUAAUAGGACGAUGCAUACUACUACUUCAUACUCUCCUUUUGAAAUUGUUUAUGGAUUUAAUCCACUUACUCCUUUGGAUUUGAUGCCUUUACCUGUUGAUGACAGGAAUUGGGUUUGGGUUCACAUGCGCAAAGAAAGAUUCCCAGCCCAUAGAAGGACUAAGUUGCAUCCUCGAGGAGAUGGACCUUUCCAAAUUCUUGAGAAAAUUAAUGACAAUGCAUAUAAAGUGGAUCUUCCAGGUGAGUAUAAAGUUUCUGCAACUUUCAAUGUUUCUGAUCUUUCUCCUUUUGAUGUAGGUGAAGAUUCGAGGUCGAAUCCUUUUGAGGAGAGGGGGAAUGAUAGGAACCAAGGUGGGCCUACUCUUAAAGAUCCUUUGCAAGUUCCAGAUGGGCCAAUUACAAGAUCAAGGGCCAAGAAGAUCAAGGAAGCAAUGCAAGGAUUGCUAUUUGAAAUGGAGGACCCCGAAGAUACGAGCCGGGAUAAUGUGCUUUGGGGCGAUGCCAUGGAGGAGAUAUUCAUCGACAUGCUCUACCAGGAUGCGCUUCAAGGUAGAUUAAAGGGCGAAAAGAUAACGUUUAGAGAGCAUGGAGUUUAUGCACAGCGACUCACUGCUGUUGGGAAGAAAGUGUUUGACGGGAACCAGGUUCGUGGAAAAUUGACGAGGUUGAAGGGGAUGCAGCGCUUGUUUACCGAUUUGUUGAGCCAAACUGGUAUGGGUUGGGAUCCCGACACAAAGACAGUUGUCGCGAGUGACGAGUGCUGGGAGAAUGCCAUUAGGGUUAAAUCGAAAUGGGGGAGGUUUCGUACUUUUGGCUGCCCAAAGUACGAGGAGCUGUGCACCAUAUUUGGCGCGUCCGUUGCAUACGGGACUAUGCAACACGCAUCAACACAGCUACCCGCAGAUAGCGACGACGAGCGGCGCCUGGAUGAGGAGAUGCGAGCUCGACGCCCUCCCGCACUAGGUCAUCGACAGGACUUGCCCAUUGGCAAUGAUGACUUUAUUGACUUGAUGGGGAUCGGGUCACCUGCAGAGGAUGCCGUGACUGGGUCAUCACGCAGGCCGAAGCCAAGAAAGAAGAGCGAUUUUGAGGUGCAGCUUUCUGAGGCCGUCGAGGAGGUUAAACUGACGCAGAGAGCGAGGCGUAAACGAUAUGAGGAUGCAGAAGCUGUGGCAUCAUCGAAGCGCAGCAAAGAGACAGAGCCUAGUGAUGGGACCAAUGCGGGGUAUGAUCCGAUUAGUCAUUGUGCGACGUUGCUCAGCGAGCUUUCCCCUCCGUUGGAGCCAUCCCAACUUGUUCGCGCAAUCGAGAGAUUACUGAACCCAGAGAUGCGACUGUUUUUCUUGUCCUUGGAUGCUGCAAGGAGGGACGAUUGGGCCCGUAAUUGUUAA